AUGAUGCUCGCUAGAGUGUGUCGGAGUACCGUUACGCCAAAUUUGGCCAGUCUACUGAAGACUCCAAUUAGUUCGAAAUCGUUUAUUCCGAGAAUUCAAACUACCAGAUUAUUCGCUAAUGAUGGACGAGGUACAUUUACAAGAUCUGCUCGUAGAUCAGCUACUAUAUCGGAGCAGGCGGUGGCUCCUGCAGGAGAAACUGCAUUCACUAUCGGAAAAGGAGUUGUCGCUGGUGGUGCUGUGCUGGGAAUAGGUUCACUGUGCUAUUAUGGUUUGGGUUUUUCGCCAUCCAUGGGAGCCAUAGAUUAUGCGAGGUUAUGGCCCCAAUAUGUGAAGGAUAGAAUCAGAAGUACGUACAUGUAUUUUGGCGCAUCUGUGGCAAGCAGUGCCGUAGCUGCAGCACUAUGUUUACGUUCACCAACUAUGAUGAACUUGAUGAUGCGUCAAAGCUGGGUAGCCAUGUUGCUAACGUUGGCGUCUGUUUGGGGUAGUGGAAUAUUAGUGCAGGUUCUUCCGUAUCAAGAAGGUUUCGGCACGAAACAAAUAGCAUGGUUGAUUCAUACUGGUGCUGUAGGUGCAUUCCUCGCACCUUUGUACUUACUCACAGGACCUUUGGUACUUAGAGCUGCCUGGUAUACCGCUGGCGUAGUUGGUGGUUUAUCAAUGGUUGCCGUCUGCGCACCAAAUGAAAAAUUUUUGAAAAUGGGAGGUCCAUUAGCAAUUGGUUUGGGAUUUGUAUUUGCAAGUAGCGUUGGAUCGAUGUUUUUGCCACCUACGACAGCUCUUGGAUCUGGCUUAUAUUCAAUAUCUUUAUACGGUGGCUUGGUGCUGUUCUCCAUGCUUCUUUUGUACGAUACGCAAAGAGUUAUCAAACAAGCAGAAACGUAUCCAACUCACGACCAUCUCAUGAGACCGUACGAUCCAGUUAAUAAGUAAGUAAUUCGAUGAAACGAAACGUUUGAUAAAUGCACGUGCAAAUCUGUACAUAUUUGUGCUUUUUAUUUCAGCGCGAUUGCUAUUUAUAUGGACGUAGUGAACAUCUUUGUACGAAUUCUCACGAUAUUGGCAGGUGGAAAUAGGAGACAAAAGUAAGGGAACGAUAAAUAUCUAAUCUCCUCCCGGUAGCAUAUACAAAAAUUAUGGAGUUUUACUUUUCAUACACGUUUAAAAAAUGUCGUGAGUUAGUAUUGAAUUUAAAAUUAUAUUGUAAGAAAUAACCUUUACAUGCAUAAUAUAUUUUCUGUUGUAUUAUAAGAUUAUAUGUAAAUUACUAG